GCGAAGAGGCGGGCGCGUGUCAAUUGUUCCGUUUUGCCGUCAAAAGUCACUCGCUGGUGCCGUCAACAGUGCAACCGAGUCGGUAACAGUAGCACAUUAUUUUGGGCGAUGGGAAUCGCGGCCAUGUACAGAGAGAAGGCAGAAUCGCAUCUUUUUCUACUUGUUUCAACUUGGCUUCCUUCGUGCACUUUGACAUCGGAGAGGACGCCACCUAGCCAAGCGCGGGGUUUGGAACCCGUUUGGAUUGGAUCCACUUGCAAGUGCACCGUGACAGACGUGGGCGGGUUUUGACGCACACUCGCGGACCCCCUCCUCUCCACGAUAAAGCACUGGGAGGACUUGUUGCGCUUCACCAGGGGGGCGCGCACCAGUCUGGUUCUGCUCCAAAAGAACCAAACAUAGACACGGCCGGUUGCGUUCAAGGACCCAAACAGUGAAGCCAGUGGAUGUCGUUGUGAUUCAACACCGCGGGCUUGCGCACACACACACGCGUACACACGCUUGAUCAUUCUUCUUUGUUUGAACAUUUAAAUGGCAUUCAAGCACAACCGAGCCAAACUUUCCACAGGUUGAUUCAUUUCCUUUUUCAAAUCACCGACUCGAGCCGCAUCAACAUGUCCGAGCGCGAUGGACUCUGCAGCGACGGAGCGCCGGACUCUAUCCCGGCUCGAGUGUCCCGCGGCCGGCGCAGCGGUGUCGUCCUGCCCGGCGGGGGCAGUCAGGACCCGGAGACCACCCUGCUGGAGUCCGUGAAGGCAGCACCCCGUCGAAGCAGCAUCAUAAAGGAUCCUUCGGUGCAGAAGGUGGGCGGAGGCAGAAAGAAGACUGUGUCAUUCAGCAGCAUGCCCUCAGAGAAGAAGGUGAACAGCGCAGCCGACUGCCUGGCCUUCAUGCAGGGCGGAUGUGAGCUGAAGAAGGUGCGCCCCAACUCCCGGAUCUAUUGUCGCUUCUACACACUGGAGGCCGACCUGAGCUGCUUGCGCUGGGAGCCGUCCAAGAAGGACGGGGAUCGGGCCCGCCUGGACGUUGUCAGCAUCCGAGAGGUGCGAACAGGCAAGAGCACUGAGACCUUCCUGCAUAAUGGACCCCUGUGCGAACAACUGGCUGAGGAAGCCGCAUUUUCUGUCAUACAUGGAGAGGACUACCAGUCUCUAGAUUUGGUGGCACUCUCAGCGGAUGUGGCCAAUAUCUGGGUGACGGGCCUCCGUUACCUGUUGGCGCACCCCUCGAUCGUUGGCGGCGGACUCGCAGGAGGUAGCGGUUUGGGAGAAGCAGCAACGAUGGAGGGCAGUCUGGGCAGCAAGAUGAGGAGCGAGUGGCUGGUGACAGAGUUUGCUCGAGUGGACGAAGAUGGUUACGGCAUCGUGUCUGAGGAUGUGGCGGUCACGACUAUCAUUAAACUUUGCCCUGGCAUCAAGGAGGCCAAGGUCCGUCUGCGCUUCAAGGAGAUCCAGCGCAGCAAGGAGAAGCUGACCUCCCACGUGACGCGCGAGGAGUUCCAGGAGGCCUACUGUGAGCUGUGCACCCGGCCGGACGUCUACUUCCUGAUGGUGCAGUUGGCCAAGGACCGCGAGUGUCUGGACACUCAGGACCUGCGCCUCUUCUUGGAGACGGAGCAGGGUCUGUCCUUGGCCACCACCGAGGGCUGCUUGGAGCUCCUGAGGCGCUAUGAGCCCUCCGCACAGGGCAAGGAGAGGGGGCUGCUGGGGCUGGAUGGCUUCGCUCGCUAUCUGCAGUCUCCUGAGUGUCAGCUGCUCGACCCUGAGCAUGAGGGGGUGUGCCAGGACAUGAACAUGCCUCUGUCACACUACUACAUUAGCACCUCGUACCGGUCCUACCUUCUGGAUGAUCAGGUCCAUGGCAGAGCAGACCUUGGCGGGCUUAUCAAAGCCCUUCAGUCUGGCUGUCGGUGCCUGGAGCUCGGAGUAACUGAUGGUCCAGAAGGAGAGCCUCUACUCGGGGUUGACUAUGGUCCAGACAUCCCUUGCCACCAGCAUCAGCAUUACCGCCACCACGCACCCGUCACCAUCCGCUCUGCUUUGGAGGUGGUCAACAUGUACGCCUUCCUGACGUCGCGGUACCCACUCCUGGUCUACUUGUGCCAACGCUGCUCACUAGCCCAGCAGCGUACGAUGGCACAGCAUCUGAAGAAAGUACUUGGCUCCCGGCUUUACACUCCGGAAUCCCUACCAGUCAGCUUGGGAGGUCGAGCCACCACCUUACCAUCCCCUGAGCAACUGAAGGGACGUGUCCUAAUAGUGGGCAAGAAGCUCCCUCCGGAUCAUGAAGGAUCCGACGGGGAAGUGUCUGAGGAGGAAGAAGAGAUCGGAGGAGGGGGUCCUCUGGCUGGGCGGCGGUUGACCAUCCCGGGUGAGGAGGAUCUGGGUGUGGUUUUGGUGGUACCUCCACCCUCCAAGCCGAGGAAACUGCACCUCCACAAAGAACUCUCGGACCUGGUGGGAAUCGCUCGGGUAGACAGCCGCCACUUUUACGCCCAACGAGCUGUUCGCAAGCAACACUCGCCGCCCAGCAGUCCCAGCUCUCCCGGCACUCCCUCGGUGAACGAGACACCAUAUUGGACGCUGUGCUCCUUGGGUGAAGGGGAGGCCGGGCGGCUGACCACAGAGAGUCCGGAAGACCUCGUCAUGUUCACCAAGCGCACUUUAACGAGGGUGCGGCCCAGCUCGGUGCGUCUGGAUUCCAGUAACCCAAACCCGCAGGGAUACUGGAAAGGUGGUGUGCAGCUCGUGGCCUUAAACCAGCAGACCCCCGGCGCCAUGCUGGACCUUCACAGGGGCCGCUUCUCUCAGAACGGAGGGUGUGGUUACGUCCUCCGACCUGCCGUCAUGAGGGACGAAGUAUCUUAUUUCAGCGCCCAUACACAUGGCUGCGUGCCUGGUGUACCACCGCAAACUCUUCGCAUUAAGGUUAUUAGUGCACACAACCUACCCAAACCUCAGGGAUCAGGUGCCAAGGGAGAGGUCAUUGACCCCUACGUGGUUCUGGAACUACACGGAGUCCCUGCUGACUGUGCUGAGCAGCGCACACGCACUGCUCUGCAGAACCAGGACGACCCCCUCUUUGACGAGACCUUUGAAUUCCAAGUGAACAUGCCCGAGCUAGCCCUCCUUCGUUUUGUUGUGCUGGACGAUGACUACAUUGGAGACGACUUCAUUGGCCAAUUCAGCGUGGCGUUCGAGUGCCUUCAGUCCGGCUACCGCAACGUACCCCUGCUGGGCUUGAUGGGGGAGCCCUUACCUCACGCCAGCCUCUUUUUGCAUGUAGCCGUCACCAACCGGCGAGGGGGCGGCAAGGUCCACCGCAGGGGCCUGUCGGUGAGGCGGGGCAGCCGACGCGGGCGCGAGUAUGUCACCUUGAGGAACACGGGUAUCAAGGCGGUGGAUGAGAUUUUCAAACUGGCCAGUGCACCUCUCAAAGAGGUGAUGGACCUGCGGGAAGAAGCUCAGGGCACCAUGGCCAGUUUCAAAGAGCAGUGUGGACUCCCCACAGUGGCUAAACUCAAGCAGUGCAUCCAGAGCCUGGCCACCAGGCUGCAGAGCCCAGAGGGCACCAUGGGGGUCACGAUGGUGCUCAAGGAGGGCUACCCGUGUCUGGAGGCCCUCGUCAGUGUGUCCGAGCCCACCCGCAAGCUGCUCUCUGCAUAUGACACGAUGAUUGCGGCUCAGAAACAAUUGAUUGAAAAUGCUGAUGGGGUCCAGGAUAGGAUUGCUCAGGUGCAGAAAGAAGGCAUGGAAUUCCAUGAAGAUCUGUCUCGGUUGGCGGAGAAGGAAGGAAUGAAAGGAUGCAAGCUGAGCAAAGCUGUCGAAAGUUUCACCUGGAACGUCACUGUGCUCAAGGGUCAGAGCGACCUGCUGCGCGGCGCCAAGAUAGAUUCCCUGGAUGCCCUGAGGCAAGUGGCACUGGCCUGUGAGGCCUCUGGACUCACUUGUCCUCCCUCCAACAACUCUGCAGCCACAUUCUCCGCGGCUGAGCUGCACUACACCUCUCAUAACUUUAGCGGGCGCCGAAGUAGCACGCACAGCAACGGACGCAUCUGAUGUCGGUGCAGUGUGAGUUCUACUUUGUGAGAGUCUUACCGUGGUUCGAACUGAACAGAGGCCUUUUCUGAAUGACGCAAAAUUACCGCUUUAUUUUCUGACAGAACAUUGAGCCUCAGUCUAACUCAACUCCAAUUUUGUUGAAUUAGUAACGUACUGUAUAAGAAAAUAUUCAGAGAUUUUAUUUAAUUCUUCAUAUUUAAUAUAAAGAUCAUAUGGGAUCAAUAAAUUAUUUUGAAAAAAAGCAUUGAAAAUGUCACAUGAACAGAUGAAAUUCUUUUUAAGCAUUUAAAUUACAUGAGUGUCAGCAGACCAUAUGGAUUUUAAUUUAUUUAUUGAAUGAAUCCUAAAUAAGUGCUUCUGGACUUAAGACCCCAACGCACACACCUCUAAUUAAUCUUUCCUUGCUUUUUUUGCAUUUGGACCCCUUGCACACUGUCACUACAAAAAAAAAAGAACCCAGCUAAUAAUUUUGUAUAUUUGUAUAUUAUGGUUUCUAUAUUCAUAUGAAGCUUAGUCUAAUUGGAUUUUCUGGUUUCAGACGCUGGAUAUUACUAGACUUUAAUUUCACGGUCAAUUUGAAUUUCCUCCUCUCCUGCUUGAAGUCAGUAAUAUCCUGUCAGAAACUCUGUCAUUUCACAGAUGAUCACGUUACAUAAAUGAAAUGUAUGCACAGUAUUCAUAAGCAACCGCAUUAUGAUGCAGGUUGUUCGGUGGCCUUUGGUUUUCCUGUCAUGUUAACUUGGAGAGGUUAAAAUGCGAGGACGCAUAACUGGAGAGGUUGUUUGCUCAAAGUACACGUGCGGAUCACAUGACCCCCCAUUUCCGGUGACAUGUGCGACAGGGUGGAAGUCAAUAUGACGCUCUCUGUCAUGGAUGUAGUAGCAAUAACAACAAUAGAGACGGACGUCCGUUAAAUAAAGAUACAUUCGGCUGUGUUGUGUCUUUCUAAUUGAACACAUUGACUCUUCGAAUGUGUGAAAACAUCAACUGGUUGUUGAUGAUGGUGUUAACUUUGGCCUUUUAGGUGUCUUUUCUUCGUAUGUCGUCUUUGAACCCAAACUUCACGAGUCUUGUCUGUAUAUUUUGAUCCAUCAAGUUUUUGCAUUGGGAGAACACGCAAACGCCACACAAGGACGGCCGCAGCCCAGAUUCGAACACAAAACUUCAGAACUGGGAGGCAAAUGUGCCAACCACCAUAUGAGUUGUCAUAAAUAAAUCGAUUUCAGACUCAUUUCGUGAAAUAAUUUCCCACGGCGUGCAUGAUGAUGAUCCCUCAUGACACCGAUUUGGUAUUUCUGAAUUGUUCGGCUGAAAACAAGUCUGUAUGUCGCUACGUAAUGAUUGUAAUGCGAGUUACGUCAUUACGUUUAUGUUGAUGUCCUGUUAUUGCCGCAUGGUUAGACUGACCGCUUGCUGGAUUCCUUUGGAUGCAAGACAGGCUGCCACUUAAAUCAAAAGAAAGCCAAUAGGAAGAGUUUAGCAUGAGACCAUUUGCUACACCAACCAGCUGAUGGCAAAAAUAAUUCAUUCCCAACACGUUUGCUGCUUAGAUGGGUUGCCAGACUAUGGUGUGAAAACUAAAACGGUUUCAGCGUUGUUUCAAAUAUCUUCACAUCCUAAAAAGUCUUUUUCAAUCUAUGUCUCUGGUGAACUUCUUACCUCACAGACCAUCUUUGACAUGAAUAAUGCAUCCGUUCCCGUAAAACAAACCACAGUGUUAUAUUUCCAGGUCCGCUUCACGAGGCCGCUGACACGUCGAGGGGGUCAUCUAGGUUAUAUGGAAUAUCACAUGCGGGGAUCUGGCAAAAUGAGCCCUUUUGGCAAUUCACGCUGGCAUUAGGUUUUAUUAAUUAGGUCCGACCAGAUUGAAAUUAAGGUCAUCGGCACGGUACUGUAGGAGCAGAAGAAAAUGAAAUGAUAGGCUGAUGGUCGUGUCCAUAUUUUAAAGCGUUGUAGUUUCCUUUGCGUUGUUUGGAUCUCAUAAGCUAGUGGGAUUUUUCUGGCUCUCUAGCAGUCUUAAGUAGUAUAAGCAUCCCAAUGCUGAUCACAAGCCAUUAGCGGACACAUUUGCGUGGUGGCUUCUUUCGGUGUCUGGGCCUCGCAAUGAGACACUGCUUGAGGCAGCUUUUGUAGCUGCAAGGGAGUUUCUGUCUCUUAGCAACCAUACGGAAGGUUUGCUCGUUCAACAUUUUAUGAUUCUAAUGGAUACGACAUAGAUAUGUCAAUAAAGAAACCAGAAAAUUGGGGAAAACUGAAUCGUGAAACACUGAGUAAAAUAUUUCUGAUUUAUUUUUUACAAGCAAUUUUGAUGAUUAUGGUUUACAGAUUAAAAAAAAAAACUCACAAUUUGUCUUCUGGAGAAAUUAUACACAAAAUAAUUCAAAAAAAUAUUUAGGAAAGAAAUGAGGUAAUAUUUGGCAAAGUGUUUUCCUGUCUGUGUAAUAAAUGUGGAGACAUUUUUCUCUGCUCUUCGUAAAGGGAUUGGGACUGAGCCCUGCCGCAGAGUACAAAUCUUCAGGUAAUUCACACCCUCCUAAAACAGCUUAUAAUUGCCUGUAGAUGGAUCAAGAUGGCAACAAAAAGUAACACGAAUAUCUGUGUGAAACUUCUCUCCUUUGCGAGAGGAGGCCACCAGAUGGUUGCAAAGUACUACUCACGUCUACGGUUAAAUGAAGCUCCUGAAUUCACUUCAACUUACAUAAUUUCCUUGGCACCAAGAUGCCAUAAGAUGGCAUUGAAGUCAUACAUAUUACACCGACUUGAGAACAAAAAAGCGAAUGAGUUUUCAGCGAAUGAUACAGGAUAGGUUUUCAAAAGGAAAUCCACAAAUAGGUGAAUUUGUGAAUGCUGAACUGCCAAUAUACAGGGGUUCACUAUAAUUUUAUUAUUAAUAUGAAUAUUUUAUAUUUUUUUACUCGAAUGUAGUAUCUUCUCUGCGGUAAUCAAAUUUAUUGAAAUGCACCAUUGCAUAAUUUAGAGUUUCUAAUAAGUUAAUUUUUAUUAUCAAAGAAUACGUUUACAUCGGCCAAUACAAACAACACUCAUGCCUUAUAAUAAAAUGCAUAAAUUAUGUCGGUGUCAGUUCUCUGCAGUUUAAUACAAACCCAAUUCUAAUAUAGAUGGGUCGUUGUGUAAUGCAGAAUACAGUGAUUUUGCAAAUCUAUAGUCUACAUGCAAUUGAAUAUACAACAGAGACAAGUUAUUUACUGUUCAAACUGAUCGUUUGUAUUUUGGCAUGUUUACCACAGUGUUACAUCACUGGGAUCUCCAAAAGUCUAUUUUGCUCUUAAUAAUGCGUUACAGAUUCCACCUUUUCAAUCAAGUCAAGUCAGGUCAACGGUAUUUAUAGAGCACUUUCAAGCAGCCAUCGCUGCAUACAAAGUGCUGUACAUGGAGCGAUUUAACAUACACAAUGUUAAACACAAACAUACUUUUCAAUGGGAGACAGGUCUGGACUGCUGGCAGACUCUCGCAGUCUUUCACAACAAGGCCACAUUGUUGUAACAGAUGCAGAAUGUGGCUUGCUUUGUGUUGCUUUGAAAUAAGCACUGAUGUCCAUGAAAAAGACAUUGCUUGUUUGGCAGCAUAUGUUGCUCCAAAACCUGGUUACACCUUUCAGCAUUAAUGGUGCCUUCAAUGUGCAAGUUAUCCAUGCCAUGGGCACAAACACCAUCGCAGGUGCUGACUUUGAAGUUUUGCGCUGAUAACAAUCCAAAUUGUCUUUGGCCCGGAGGACAUGAUUUUGAAAUGUCGACUCAGACCAUAGAACACUUUUCAACUUUGCUUCAGUCCUUCUCAGAGGAGCUUGGGUCGAAAGAAGCCGGCGGCGUUUCUGGGUGUUGUUGAUAAAUGGCCUUUGUUUUACAUUGUAGACUUUUAAGUUGCAUUUACUAAUGUAGUGCCGAACUGUAUUUACUGACAUUGUUUUUCUGAAGUCAAUUAAAAACCUGUAAUGCCUGACCCAUUAAGGGAUAGCCAGAAAAAUCUGAUUUUUGGGAACUGAGAUUAAACCUUAUAGCAAAACCCUCAAAAAUAUUUUUGGCAGAUCAUGUUGUUUUAGAUAUUUGUUGUAUCACAUUGAUAAGCAUUUUGUAGAUUACAUCAGAAAGUGAUAAUUUGGGGGAAAUCACCUGCAGUAUCAAAUUUGAUACAGAUGAUUUAAUGUAAUAUAAAGAAUGAGUUACAUAAUGAAGAUGCAUGUAUCAAAUAUGCAGUUAUGCCGUUUUUUUUGUGCAGUGACGCGUGAGGGAUCGAAUGUCACAGGCAUUCGAUGUUGGUUUUGGCCUUGCCACUACCAUACAGAUAUGGUAAGGACCGAAGAAGAUGAGAUCCCAAAAGUCUUUGCAAUUUUAUGUUCUCGAAACUUUGUUCUUAAUACUCUACUUGACUAUUUGUGAAAAGAUAAGAACAAUGAUCAGUUUGAGCAAAUAUCUUUGCAGUGUAUUCAAUUGGAUAUAAGUUGAAAAGGGUUUGAAAAUGGUAGUAUUAUGUUUUUAGUUUUGUUUUACAUGACUGUAUGUCCCAACUUCAUUGGAAUUUCGGUUUGUCGAUUAAAAACAGAGUAGGCCUGUGAAUGUUUAAAUUUAUUGUUUAGGGCGUUUGUCAACAUCUGCUAGUUUUCUGUACUUGAACACGCUGCUUGACAAACAAAGUUUCCAGUAUUUAAAGCCAGAGUGUUUUCUCCUGCAAAGGGCACUUCGGGAGCAAGCAAAAACUCACUGCCAGGCCUGGCUCCAGCACCACCGAGAUAUCCUGUACAACCUCAGCAAAGAACUGCUAAAGCUUCGACUCUUGACUGUUAAUUAAUUUGGAGUUUUCUGAAUCACCAUUUGGGAGAGGGACAUUGCGAUAAGGUGUCCGCGUUGCCCGUGUGUCUUAAACCUUUAGAACCUCUUGUGUGAUGCUACCUGUCAUUGUAGUUGUGUGCCAAUAGUGCUUGACGUCUUUGCACCAUUCGUGUAUUUCUGCAUACGCAAAUAUGUAAAGUGUACUCGUACCCGUCAUGGUGAUGUCAACCUGUUGAAAAUGUAUUCCCGUAACGCAUUCAUGGCAUCUACAUUGACUAUGUUGGCUUUGCCGUUUUGACUCAAUAUUGGUCCUUCAACUGCUCUAACAUUCACUGUAUGGUGUUUUUGUUUUUUGUAAGAUAGAAUGAAGACCAAAAGAGAUAUGAAAUAUUUAUGGAUGUGUAUUUUAAAAGCUAAAAAUAAAUAGAAUGAAUGACUAAAUGUACAUUGCUUAUAUUUUAAAAAGUUAUGGUGUUUUUUUAUCUGACAGGAAUUCUAAUGUAACAAACAUACGUAUUUCAGGCAUAAUAAACGGAUCUUUUUGUGAUGAGA